AUGCCAAGCUUCAAAUUCUACUAUUUUGAUUUCCGUGGACGUGGUGAAGUCAUUCGUCUUCUUUUCCAUCUUGCUGGAGAACAAUUCACCGAUGAACGUGUCACUUUCGAAACUUGGGGAGCUUUGAAGCCACGUAAGUUGAAAUGACGACUCGAAUUAAAAAACAUAUAUUGUUUGGUUUUUUCAGAAAUGCCUUUGGGACAAAUCCCAGUUCUCGAUAUUGAUGGUGUCAAGAUCGGACAAACCACUGCCAUCGCAAGAUAUCUGGGACAUCAAUUCCGUGAGUGACGAAGGGUAUGAGAGGUGUCUUCAAAUUCGCCUAUGGAAAACUUUUAAAUUGGAAUAAAAACAGGAUAGAGUUUCUAAAGCAUAAUAAGCAAUUAAAAAAUGGCUCUAAUAAUUCAUUUCUCUACUUAUCUUUAAAUUUACUUUCAAGACCGCGCUGGAACCAACGCCGUUGAAUGUGCUCGUCUUGAUAUGAUCGCUGACGUCAUUCAAGAAAUGACAAACUCAAGCGGCUUUGCCAAUUUCCCAAAAGUCAGCUUGGGAUUGAUCGGCGGAGACAAGACCCACAUUUUCAAAACUGAAGUUGUGCCAGAAAUUGAAAAAUACGCUCCACUUGUGGAAAAAUUCCUUUUGGAUAAUGGAAACAAUGGUUUGUUCCAAGGUGAUCGUGAAACUUGGGUCGAUGUGUUUGCUGCUGAAAGUUUUGCCAAACUUAUCGAUUAUGGAAGCCCAGAUGCUUUGGAUGCAUAUCCACAUAUUUUGGUGAGAGAAAACUAUUUAACUAUGAAUAUGAAUAAUUCAUCAUUUCAAUUUUUAAUUUAGGCUUUGAUCAACCGUGUCUUCAAUCAUCCAAACAUCAAAUCCUACAUCGCCACAAGAAAACAAACUCCAUUCUAA